UUUUUUUUAUUAUUAUUUUUAAUUUUUGCAUUUUCGGGGCCGCCAUGGGAUGUACCCUGAGCGCCGAGGAGCGGGCCGCCCUGGAGCGCAGCAAGGCCAUCGAGAAGAACCUCAAGGAGGACGGCAUCAGCGCCGCCAAAGACGUGAAGCUGCUGCUGCUAGGGGCCGGCGAGUCGGGCAAAAGCACCAUCGUGAAGCAGAUGAAGAUCAUCCAUGAAGAUGGCUUCUCUGGAGAAGACGUGAAGCAGUACAAGCCAGUGGUCUAUAGCAACACUAUUCAGUCUCUGGCAGCCAUCGUACGUGCCAUGGAUACCUUGGGCAUCGAGUACGGCGAUAAGGAGCGACGGGCUGAUGCCAAGAUGGUCUGCGACGUUGUAAGUCGGAUGGAGGACACAGAGCCCUUCUCUCCAGAGCUGCUGUCGGCUAUGAUGAGACUCUGGGCGGACUCCGGCAUCCAGGAAUGCUUCAACCGCUCCCGGGAAUACCAGCUUAAUGACUCGGCCCAAUACUACCUAGACAGCUUAGAUCGAAUUGGAGCUGCAGACUACCAGCCCACGGAGCAGGACAUCCUUCGGACCAGGGUCAAAACAACUGGCAUCGUAGAAACCCACUUCACAUUCAAAAAUCUCCACUUCAGGCUCUUUGACGUCGGAGGCCAGCGGUCAGAACGCAAGAAGUGGAUUCACUGCUUCGAGGACGUCACGGCCAUCAUUUUCUGCGUCGCGCUGAGUGGCUACGACCAGGUGCUCCAUGAAGACGAAACCACGAACCGCAUGCACGAAUCACUGAAACUGUUUGACAGCAUCUGCAACAACAAAUGGUUCACAGAUACAUCCAUCAUCCUCUUUCUAAACAAGAAGGACAUAUUUGAGGAGAAAAUUAAGAAGUCGCCACUGACUAUCUGCUUUCCUGAGUAUACAGGCCCAAACUCUUUCACGGAGGCCGUGGCCUACAUCCAGGCUCAGUACGAGAGCAAGAACAAGUCGCCCAACAAGGAGAUCUACACGCACAUCACCUGCGCCACCGACACCAACAACAUCCAGUUCGUCUUCGACGCCGUCACGGACGUCAUCAUCGCCAACAACCUGCGGGGCUGCGGACUCUACUGAGCCCCGCUCGGCUCCUCCUCGCGCACCCCAGGAACACCCUCCGCUCCCCGGACAGGUUCUCUCUUUAUUUUUAUCUCCUCAGAAGAUGAAGAAAGGCACAAACCCCCCUUUCUGCCCCUGAAAGCCUUUGCAGAAAGUUCUGCUUGCUCCUGACCCCGUCUUUUUUAUUAUUAUUAUUAUGGGUUUGGCCCGUUCCC